AUGUUCUAUAGUGUUACUGAUGGUGAGGUGUGGGAUGACUGCGAGGUUUGGGUGACGAUGCGUCCAGCUACGCGGGUGACUCAAAAGACAGCGGCGCGGAAGGUCUUGCUCGAGUGGCACCAUGACUCACAGGCCGGAAAGUUCAAUGAAGAUGUGGCCAAGUCAGUGGCAACCUUCUUCGGACGAGAGACUUUCGAGGACUGCAUGUACGAUCUGGGUAUCGUGCUGAGCAUUUUCAACGGUCUGCAGGGGCCCUGCUGCUAUGAACCAAUGUGGUCUGAGCUGUGUUCGCUCAUCCAGCGCUGCGUGACCGCGAAGUCAAAGAGCUCGGCGAGUGAUGCGUGA